GCGCGCGCUGUGCGGGGGCUGCUCCUUCACGUCCCGGCUCAGAGCUGCUCGGUGAGAGGAGCCGCCCGGAUGUCCGCGGGCAGAGGGGGCGCUGCUGACCCUGCGGCACAUGGCGCCCUGACACCCGCUUAGGGAAGGCUCGGGAAAAGUUGCCUGGAUGAAGCCUAGUCCGUCCCGGCUCCGGCAUUCCUCGGGGAAUGAAUUUACAAUCCGAUACCAUCUCCUUGGCAGGAUCGGGGCAUCAGCAGAUGGUCCGGGAGCAAUACACCACCACCACAGACGGAACGAGCCUAGAGCACCCGGAGAGGCAGUAUGUCUACAACAUCGGGAUUUACGGCUGGAGAAAGCGCUGCCUUUACUUGUUUGUCCUUCUUCUCCUCAUCAUCUUAGUAGUGAAUUUUGCUCUAACUAUUUGGAUUCUUAAGGUCAUGUGGUUCUCACCGACUGGAAUGGGACAUUUACGUGUUACAAGUGAGGGUCUACGUCUUGAGGGGGAAUCGGAGUUCCUUUAUCCUUUGUAUGCCAAAGAAAUUCGUUCAAGGCUGGACAAUUCCCUGCAUUUGCAGUCUUCUCAAAAUGUAACCGUAAAUGCAAGAAACUCCGAGGGGCAGAUCACGGGCAGAUUAACAGUGGGUCCUGGUCUGAUAGAAACCUAUGGGCAACAGUUCCAGAUACACUCCGAUAAAGGAAAGAUGCUGUUUUCUGUUGAUGAUAAAGAAGUUCUUGUUGGAACAGACAAGCUGAGAGUCACAGGAGCGGAAGGUGCUUUGUUUGAACAUUCUGUGGAAACCCCACUAGUUAGAGCCGCCUCCUCGAAACAACUUAGACUGGAGUCCCCGACUCGAUCCUUGAGCAUGGAUGCCCCCAAAGGAGUUUACAUCAAGGCUCAGACUGGAGAAAUUGAGGCUAUAUCACGAAGAGAUAUCAAAUUACAUAGCAGCGAUGGAAUGGUAGUGCUGGACGCUGAAAAAAUAUUUUUACCCAAACUGCCUCAAGGUACAAAGACCAACUCCGCUGACAGCUCUCAGGAACUCUAUGAAAUAUGUGUCUGUCCAGAUGGAAAACUGUAUCUGUCGGUAGCUGCAUCAAGAUCCACCUGCCGAGAAUACAGCCGUGACUGUCAAUGAGGGACUAUGUAAAGCCGCUGGAUAGCAGCCGUACAUUUUCUAUUAACUGGUGACUUUCUGCUGUUUGUUUGAACGGAUUUAGAUACUAAAAAUCACAAAAUGCGUUGGGCUGAAAAUUUGUACGUCAAAACACAAUUUUAAGAAGAAUAUUACAAUAUUUUUUUAGCCGGUGUAACACAGCACAAGUUCAUUCUGACUUGAAAAUGAAUCCUCAUUGGUAGGUCUUUGGCUUAAGAUGAGGAAAUUACAGGAUGGAGGUUUUUUUGGAGUUCCGCCACCUAAUAAAAUGAGUAUUUUGUCGCGUCACUGAACUGUUUCGUGAUUGUUGAACUGGAUAAUUAAUAUAAACCCAUUCUAACUUUUUUUUUUCCAAAUUCAAGUCCAUUUCUGCUUAUCGUAUGCAUUAUUAUAUUCACUCAAUCUCAAUGACCUGUCUCCAGUCUCUGAAAAAAAUUAAAUGGUGCCAGCAAAAUACUAUGCAACCUGUACUGCAAUAAUAUAUCUCCUAUGGUCUGCCGUUUUUAUUGUGUGUUUUAUCGGGUUGUAAAUUUUCUAUGUAUGAUCUUUAAGCCCUUUAAUUGGCAUUUGAAGAAACAGGUAACAUGCUGGUAAAACAAUAAAUACACUGUUUUCUUAAGA